AUGACGAUUGGAAACGAAUCCGAUCCAACAUUGACUCCCACAUUCAGURGUUCAAAGUUGAGGCAAAUGGUCACAAUCGUGCAGGAGUCGUGUGAUGUCUUGGUCAGYAAAUUUCGAAAAGAGGCUGACACAGAAAAGUUGUACGAAGAAGUGGAAAGCGCUUUUCAGACAAAUCCUGRCAAAUCAAUCUAUGAUUUGGUGCAAGAAAUGGAGUACCUCGAUUCUUUCUAUAAUGAGGUGCUGCGUUUGGCAUUUGAUGAGAGUUUGCCAUUCACGCGURAGUGCAGAGAAUCGUGUACACUCAAUGGCGUCCAUUUUCCAGCUGRCACAUCAGUGAUAUUGUCAUUCUCUCUUUUGCACAUUGAUCCUGAUUUUUGGAGAGAUCCAUUAAAAUUUGACCCGGAAAGAUUUCGUGGAGCAGAAAAAGUUGGACGACAUCCUUAUGUUUUCCAACCUUUUGGUUCAGGCCCUCGCAACUGCAUUGGAAUGCGUUUAGCGCAGAUGGAAAUUAAGAUCACAAUCGCUCGUCUUGUGAGGGAGUUUAGGUUUGUGUUAUCACCAGAGGUUAAAUAUAAGCCGAAUAACUUCACCCCAAAACUCGUUGAGCUGAGAGUUGAAAAUCGACUGCGGCAAUCGAUGACGCAACAGAAGAUUGAGGAGAAGAAAACUGCAGCGAUAGGAAGAGGUAGGAAGAUACUCAAGAUUUUCUCCCCUYCCKCUCACAUUUAUUUUUACCACACUCCAUAA